AUGUCCAGUAACAACUACCAGUACGGUGGGCAGCAGGGCAGUCAGAUGUAUGGGAAUCCUACGGGCUUUCCACAGCAGCAGCAGCAGCAGCAGUCGUUUCAACAGCCAAACAGUGGUGGUUUUUAUGGCUACCAACAACCUCAGCAAUAUGGAUCUAGUCAGCCAAACAAUUACAACCAACCAGCCCAGCAAUCUGGUUUCACUGGUACCACUGCACCAGGUGCACCAACCUAUGCCACAAACAUUGACCAAUUGUCCUUUUUGACCCCACAAGAUCAAGCAAAAUUCAAGGAUUUAUUCAACAGUGCUACAAACUCUGUGUCAAUUUCACCAGAUAACGCCAGAGGAAUUCUGCUCAAGUCAAAUCUCAGUCCACACCAAUUGGCUAGAAUAUGGGAUCUUUCGGAUCUUAACAAGUCGGGAGAUUUGUUAUUCCCAGAAUUUGCUUUAGCGUUGCAUUUAUGUAACGUUGCUUUAAGAGGAAAUGAAUUACCUUAUGUAUUGGAUGCUGGUAUCAAAGAGGAAGUUACAAAUCUUGUGGAUAAGAUAAGUUUCAGUAUUCCUGAAGAAGAUGCUACCACCUCUCAACAGGACAGGCCAGUUGCUCAACCAAACAUUUCAGCGUCAAAUAUAUUUACACAACCUCAACAACAACAACAGCCAACUACUUCAAAUUUAGCUCCUCAGCCAACGGGAUUCGGUUUUGGUAAUAGUGUUUCAUCUCAACCGUUUGAAUCUCAGCCACAACAGACUGGAUUCCAAUCACAGCAAACUGGAUUCCAACCACCAACUACUGGGUUUCAAAGUCAGCCUACGGAGUUUCAAUCACAACCUAGUGGGUUUCAAAGUCAACCACAACAAACAGGGUUCCAAUCCCAGGCGACUGGAGCUCAAUCACAACCUCCAUUCCAACCACAGUAUACUGGAUUCCAACCUUCAAAACCACAAGAUUCUGGAUUUCAAUCAGCAAUUGGCUCUCAGAAUAACUUUUCAAACAUUCAGACCAACCAAGAAUCUUCUUUUCCCUCAUUAACACCACAGCAUCAACAAUUACAGCAGCAAAGAACUGGAUUUGAAUCACAAAGCACAUUUCCAAACAAUCAACAAACUUCUGAACCGUUGCAACAACAACAAACAGGUCCUGCUCCUUUCAAUUCCCAACCAUCUGCUAAUUUACAGCAACAACCAACAGGUUUAAUACCAUUACAAGGUCAAGCAACUGGUACACAGCCUUUACAACAACAACCCACAGGUCUUGUUCCACUGCAAGGUCAAAAUACUGGAGGCCAACCUUUGAAACAACAACCAACCGGCUUGGUUCCUUUACAAGGUCAAAAUACUGGUGGUCAACCUUUAAAACAACAACCUACUGGCCUCAUCCCACUGACAAAUCAACAGACUGGAAAUAUCCAACAGACAUUGAAUAACCAACCAACUGGUUUAGUUCCUUUGCAACAACAACAUACUGGUCAUACAACUGGCGGUCCUCUUAAAACACAACUUACCGGUGGUCAACCAUUAACUCAACAGCCAACUGGUUUGGUUCCCUUAACCACUACUGCAACUGGUUCCGUUGCCUUACAAGCACAAUUGACUGGACCUGCUCCACUACAUUCCCAAAGAACUGGAUUUGGUAAUUUUGAACCUUUAAGACAACAAAAAACCGGUGUUGGACAAAAUAGUUUGUUUAUUCAAAAUCUAUUACAACCACCGCCUCAACAGCAGCAACAAUUGUUUUCAAAUUCUUUGAAUUACACCACUGAAACUAUUACACCUCAAGAAAAGCAAUUAUUUAAUAAGAUUUUCCAAAAUUAUGAUACUAAUAGAAAAGGUCUAUUAACUGCUGAUGUUUCUGCUGAAAUCUUUAGAAAAUCUGGUUUGAAUCGUUCAGAGUUGGAAAAAGUCUGGGAUUUGGUAACAAGACCGAAUCAAACUCAUUUAGACAAAGAAUCUUUUCAAACUGGCAUGUGGCUUGUUUACAAAAGAUUGAAUGGAUAUGAACUACCUGAUACAUUACCAGAAUCUUUGAAACCAUCGAGUAUUAAGAUUUUGGAUGAUGUUAAGAAUCAAUUAAAGAUCAAUCCGAAUGCAAAAUCGAUUAAAAAAUCAAGCAAUUCUAGAAUUGAUGGUUCAAGAUUCAAAAAUAAUGAUGAAGAUUUUGUUUUGUCAUCUUCAAGAAAUAGAAGAAGAACCACCCAUAGAUCAGAGUCUGCUACACCAACAAACAAUAAACCAAAAGAAAUUUUAUCAAUUGAUGAAAUCAAAAAACGUAUCAGAGAAAAGAAAAUUUUACUUGAUGCUUUUGAAGCCACUGGUUCUCAAUUAGAAGAAAAUGAACGAGAUUAUGAAAAGGAAGAUCUAGAAGCUAUUGAAAGACUAAAACAAGAGAUAAAAAAUCUACCAAAUGUUAAUAACACAAACACUGAUGACCGUUCUUUGCUCAAACAGAAAUUUAACCAUUUGACUUCACAAGUUCCAUUGCUUCUUGGGGAAAUCUCUCAGACUGAUAAUGAAAUCACACGUCUUAAAUUGGAAUUGUACAAAAUUAAAAAUCCAUCAUUUAUUUUGGGAAGUGGACCAAAUGGAGAAGUUACUGAAGCUGAUAGACGUAAGGCUAAAAGUAAAGCUUUGUUAGCUGCAAAGAUGGCAAAAUUGACUGGGAAACCACUUGAUAGUGAAGCUCAAAAUUUAAGUGAUGAACAAGGUAAAUUAGAUCAAGAAGCAUUACGUAUUCAAGAGGAGAAUAAAAAGAAUCAACAAAUUAUUAAGGAUGUUGAAAGCUCAAUUAAAGAAAUUUCAAGUAACAUUUUAAACUCAUUUUCAUCAAAAGUUGAUCAAGAUGCAUAUAAAAAAUGGGAAUUAGGAAUUGGAGUCCAGCCAGAAGUGCAAGACUUUAUCAAAUCUUUUAGAAUCAAUGAUAUUUCAAACAGAUUUACUAAAAGUUUAACACUGGAGAAUCAGCAUCAAUCAUCAUCACCAAGUCCUAUUCCAGCCCCUUCAUCGUACACCCAAACUCCAACUUCUCAAAGCCCUCAACCAACAUCAUCACCAUCAUCCAAUUUCAGAACUCCGGAAGAAAGAAAAGCAUAUAUUAGAGAACAGGCUAAGAAGAAAAUGAGUGAAAGAUUGGCUAAAUUUGGUAUCAAUAGAAGCUCGUCCCCAAGAAAUACCUCAUCACCACCAGUAUCUACUCCCCAAUUGAGCCAACCAACACAUGUUGAACCACAAGCAACACAAGUGCAAUCAUCACAUCCAGAACCAGUACAGCAACACCAAGAACAUCCAGCUGAAGAUUCAUCAGACGAUGACGAUGAAGAAGAGUUUAAGAGAAUGGAAGAAAUUAGAAGACUUAAAAGGUUAGAACGAGAUGAAAGAUUGGCCCAAUUGAACAAUGAACAAUCUAAUGGUACACCUUCUCAGGAGCCUCAAAAUAAGCCAAGAAAAUACCAUGAUUCGAACCCAUUUGCAUUCAAGUAA